GGGGAUUUUGGAUGAGAUUGGAAGAUGUCGGAGGAAUUUGAGGUAGGUGAAUUUGAUUCGAAGUUGAUUAAGAGUUUGGGCAAUUUGAGUCGACAGGAUGGGAGGGGGGAUGACGGAAAUGGUGGCGGCAGCGGAGGAGGUAAGGCUAAGCUUAGGAUUGAGAGAUUUGAGCUGUGUCUGGAGAGUAUGACGGAGUAUAUCCUUGUUUAGAUAACGUAGAGGAGAUUCAGAAGUUGAAUUUGACAGAGAAAGGGGAGAAGUAUGAACGACAUUGUCUGCGCGGGACGAAGUGAUUUGCUCCUGGAAACAUGUCAAGGAAAAAACCGGAUCUGAUGCUGAGGAAAAAUACAGAGACGCAGUGAACAAAGCGAGGGAAAAAUAUUGCAGAGGCAGAGAACAUCAACGGUGAUUAACCGAUUAAUGGCGGUUUCGGCCUUCAAAUCAAUGUCUAAGAGAGGAAGCUUGGGAACUCCUUCCACCAACUUAGCUUCUGCGGCAGAAAGUAAUUCAGAGAACUUGGGUAAGAAAGUUCUGCAUCGAAGGUCCAGAAGUGUGAGCGCGUUCUCGAGAAACUCUCUCGAAACACCCUCUUCGUCACAGUUGCCAUCCACGGACAAAGAGGAGUUUUUGAAUAAAAGAGAUAAUCCCCUAUUCUGGAGCAGCACAUCACCACCUAGAGGUUCAACUGAAACGGAAAAUGUUAUUGGGAUCGCCAAAUUCGAUUCAAGUGCAUCCAGAUUGGGUAGACCGGCUUCGAAUGUUUCAGAUACUAGAAGAGGGAGAUCGGUUUCGAGGAACUCCGGUUAUGUGAAUACGUCGUCCGGUAACCGAAAGGAAGUAGGUCGAAGUUUGUCGAGGGUAGACACGGGAAGACGCCGACGGUCAGCGUCAAGGGGUCGUUAUGGGAACUCUGAGUUGUAUUUACAGAGUGAAGUGGAACAAGAUUAUAAUUUAUCAUCAAGUAUAAAAACAAGAAACAACGGGAAUUUGGGUCGUAGCAUCGAGAAGAAAGAUAAUUUAAUCACAAAUGCUUCUGAAUUGUCUGAUCAAACAAAGAAUAUGCAAACAUGGUCUAGCCAGCAUCCACUUUUGGAGCCUUCUGAUGGUUUGAUUAUUCCAAAUUGGGAAGAUGGAAUUUCUACACGUUCAUAUUCAGAAGCUGAGGAGAAAACAAUCAAGGCUGUUUUUGAACAGAUGAAGUCUCUCCAGAGCCCUGCCAGUGAUGCUGGUACAAGCGGUAUAUAUGAGACUGUUCGAUCAGAAGUGAGACGUGCUAUUUCUGAGGUUCAAAAUGACCUAGAAAAUGCUAUCAGGAGGAAGAAUCCUUCCAUUAUUGGAACAACCAAUAUUGCUGAUAUACCUCCAGAGUUGGUCAAUCCUGAUGCAGUUGAAUUAGUUUCAGACAUCAGAAGGGAAUAUGCUAGAAAGCUUGAGGAGUCACAGGAACGGGCUAGGAAACUUCGUGAAGACCUGGCUGUUGAGGAACAUCGUGGGCAAGAACUCAGUAGAAUUCUUAAAGAAAUACUUCCAGAUCCUAAGGUGCCAAACAUUCAUAAAUCACGACCAAGGAGAAGAAAUAGCAUCGAGCGUCGAAAGAUUUCAAAGCGUCUCACUGAAGAAGCCAUGAAUUAUUUUGAUGAGUGUGUAUCAAUAUCAACAUUUGAUAGUUCUGAUUUCUCGUCACCAGAAGACCCACCGCCUGUUGUCACUUCUUCAGUUAGUGAUGGUAGAUUUUUUGCAUGUGGAAGUCCAAGUGCCUCAACCACCUAUUGUUCCAAUGUUCAUCUCAAUCACAAGAAGGAAUCAGCAAAUCAAGUUGAAUGUACCCCCAGUCAUGAGGUAUCUGUUUUAACAGCUGGCAGCAGUUCUGAGGAGCCAAAAAAUGAUCAAGGGAGUUUAGCAGGUAUCAGAGAACAAAUGGGAACUUUUCGGUUCUCAUUUGCUCAUGAACCAACAGAAACUCUUGGUCUUCACCAUGACAUAAGAAAUUAUGUUAAGAGGUUUGAGAAAGAAAUCCACAAAGAUACUGGGGAAUGUCAAAUUGCAAGAUCAAGCAGCUAUGAUGCAGAUGACUAUAAGUUGCAGGUUUCAGCUGAGAGCUUGUUGUUUGAUAAAGUGAUUUUUAAGAACAGAAUAGAGUCUGGAAGUCUGCUUCUCUGCUUUGGUGGUAUAGCAAUUUAAAUCUACGUGUUUACUUCUACUCAUGUAAAUCUAAAGGUUGUGGGAAAUUUGCUACAUGCAUGUGAACUUGUUGAGUUGUAAGAUUGGGUGGCUUGCGUGUAUGUCUGUUAUUCCCUUCUAUUAAGUAAAAGGAAUUAAAUUUAAGAGGGGUUUUGUAUGCUAA